AAUGUCACCCGGUUUGGUCGUCAAAUCCUGAACUGAAGUGAAUAAUUUUGUGUUGUUGAUGCUGUUACCGCUACGUGUGUGUCUAUUUUCACUCGGUUUAUUCCGAUAACUGAAUCUAUAAAUUCCUAUGGCGGCACUGCUUAAGAAGAGAGCUUUGGCUGAAUAUAAUAAAUCUUUUCAGGAUGGUCCACCGUCUAAAAAGCUGCACAUAGUUAAGAAGCCACUUAUAGGAAGUUCCGCGGCAGCAUUCGUUGGUUUACUAGAAAAAUGUAAGUCUAGUGAAGAAGCAUUGCAACUACUACUGCGCAUAUCUGACUGUCUGCAGUUCCAGGAAUCUGACGUAGAGGAGGCUAUCAAGAAACUCUCAGAGCACUUUCAGUCGGAAGAAGACUCUGUGGUUAGAGUCAAGAUAUUAUGGCUGUUCUGUGACAUUGGACUAGAGUGCCCUGUCGCUAACCUCAACAACUUGAUUGAUCUCACCACACUCCUUAUCAAGAAUGAGACAUCACAUAAGGUGAUAGCCCAAGGUUUAGCCACCUUACUGAAACUGGGAGCUAAACUGUCUGAUGACAAGAUCCUCAUGAUGCGGCUGGUGUCGGUGGCCCGGGAGAACCUCAAGGACACCAGCCACCAGGUCAAGUGCCGCUGCCUGCAGCUCAUCAGCGAGCUCUACCCGCUGUGCCCUGAAAUGGACAGAACAUUGGAAACCAUAGCUGAGGCUGAUGCUGUGGUUAAACUACUUGCAGAGUAUUCUAAUGCUGAGGACGCGCGCGUCCGGUGCGAAGCGUUCCAGUCGCUGCUGACGUUCCACGAGCGCGGGCACGCGCUGAGCGCCGCGCACUACGACCAGGCGUGCCAGGCGCUCAGCGACGACUACGAGAUCGUGCGCGAGGUGGCGCUCAAGCUCGUCUGGCUGCUCGGGAAUAACUACCCUGACAACACGAUCACGAUGUCCGACGGCGAGACGAAGAUGCGCAUGGUGGACGACGCCUUCAUCCGCAUCUGCUCGGCGGUCAACGACCUCUGCAUGCAGGUGCGCGCGCUGGCCUGCUCGCUGCUCGGCACCACGCGCGGCGUGUCCGACCGCUUCCUGCUGCAGACGCUGGACAAGCAGCUCAUGAGCAACAUGAAGAGGAAGCGCACGGCGCACGAGCGCGGCGCGGAGCUGGUGCGGUCGGGCGCGUGGGCCAGCGGGCGGCGCUGGGCCGACGACGCGCCCGGCCAGCUGGUGGAGACGCACGCCGUGCAGCUGCUGCCCGGCGGCGCGGCCGGCGCCUUCGUGCACGGCCUCGAGGACGAGCUCAUGGAGGUCCGCACAGCGGCCGUGGACGCGGUGUGCCAACUGUCGAUGGAGAACGCCGUGUUCGCGACCACCUCGCUCGACUUCCUCGUCGACAUGUUCAACGACGAGAUCGAGGACGUGCGCCUGCGCGCCAUCGACAGCCUCACGCGCAUCGCGCACCACAUCGUGCUGCGCGAGGACCAGCUCGAGACGAUCCUGGGCGCGCUGGAGGAUUUCUCGAUGGAUGUCCGUGAAGGGCUACACAGAAUGCUCGGCGCCUGUAGCGUGUCCUCCAAAACCUGCCUCGAGAUGUGCAUCGACAAAAUACUGGAAAACCUCAAGAGAUAUCCUCAGGACAAGCGGUCCACGUUCCGCUGCAUGCAGCGCAUGGGCGGCGCGCACGCCACGCUGGUGCUGCCGCUGACGGCGCGCCUGCUGGCCGUGCACCCCUUCUUCCACAUGCCGGAGCCGGACGUCGAGGACCCGGCCUACAUGUGCGUGCUGAUCCUGACGCUGAACGCGGCCGCCAAGUGCACCACCAUGCUGCCGCUGUUCGAGGAGCACACCAUCAAGCACUACACCUACCUGCGCGACACCAUGCCGCACCUAGUGCCGCACCUGCCCAUAGGUGAGGCGAAGCUGACGAGUGUGAAGACGGAGGCGGGGCUGGACGACAGCGCGGUGCGGCGCUUCUUCGCGACGGUGCUGCGCCACACCGACAACGCCGCGCUGUCGCCGCGCGUGCGCCUCGCCAUGCUGCGCGCCGCCGAGGAGCAGCUCGACAGGCUCGCGGAGAUGGAGCCCCUGUUCUCGGGCGCGGCGGUGUUCUCGGCGCUGUUCGCGCGCUGCGUGCGCGCGCUGCACGACGCGCUGGCCGCGCCCGCCGGCCCGCCCGCGCACGCGCUCACCGCGCUCGCGCACGACACGCUCAGACUGCAGCACCAGUUCAGCGGCGUGACGGAGCAGGCGCGCGCGUGCGUGGGGCAGCUGGCGCUGCGCGUGUCGGCGGCGCGGCUGUGCGCGGCGGCGGCGGCGGCGGCGGCCGGCGGCCCCGCGCCCGCCGCCGCCGCGCUCUCCGCGCAGGCCGCGCUCACGCACCAGGCCGAGCUGCUCGACCGACAACUCGCCGCUGCAGGCGUGGAGCCGGACCCGUUCACGAUCGGCGUGUUCCAGCAGCUGUCGCUGGGCGCCGACAACAAGCCGCUGGCGCUGGCGCGGGCGCUGCUGCCGCUGCUGCAGGCCGCGCCGCUGCCCGUCAUCCCGCCGCCCAGCGUGGACAUCCGCAUGUGCACGGCGACGAUAAUCGAGCCGGCGAGCGACAGCGACACGGUGCUGCGGUUCAGCGCCGGGCUGGCGGGCGGUGCGGCGCUGGAGGCGGAGGUGCUGCGCGUGCGCGACCCGGCCGCGCUGCGCGUGCGCGUCGCCUACCCCGACCGCCAGGCGCACGCGCUCGCGCCGCCGCGCGACCACCUGCGCCCGCUCGACCACCACACCACCAACGAUGACGGCACGGUGAACGUGCGGCUGCUGACCAAGGUGCUGAUCUCGCACGGCGUGUGGACGGAGUCGUGCGGCGUGGACGUGUCCGUGUGCCUGGCCGUGGACGAGGGCGCGGGCCGCGACGCCGCGCCGCUCGUCGACCUGUGCCGCCCCGUGCGCAUCACCGUGGCGCCCAAGCCCAUCAAACGCGGCCUCUAGUACCCGCGCACCGCCACCGCCACCGCCACCGGCAACGCCCGCCUCCACACUAGGAGACAUUCACUCUAAUACUGUUAACACACGACCCGCCCGUAAGUGACAACGUACGGAACGUUGGCACGGCCUGGUCCUGUGCUAGCACUUAAGCCGGUCAUAGACGUACGAGCAAGUACGCGUACUUAUGGAUCGAUGAUCUUCGAUUUCGUGUCAACGGUACCUACUGUCGCGCAAAGUCGUCGACGAUCCAAUCGGUUUGAAAUCUUAAUUUAAGUAAGCGUACUUGCUCGUACGUCUAUCACCCACCUGUGCAAGUUGUGCAACUACACAAUCAUGUUGUGACACCACAUUCUCUUCUACAAAUAUAUAGACGGUCAAGCAGAGUAGUAUAAUAUAUAGGUCAAGCAAAUCUUGUCACUAAAAAAAGGCGACAAAUUAGAAAAAUGUACGGCCGUAACUUUAUUGUCCCAUAAAAAAAAUUGAAUUUUUCGCCUUUUUUAGUCACAAUAUUAGCUUGAGUCUUGAGUCCAUAUGCAACAAUUACAUGUUACAUAGGUAAUCAUAAGUGAAUAUGAACAUAUGAUUUUCAAUAAGACCGUAAAUAUUGUUACUGAACACAAAGACGAGAGAGGAGGACGUCGUCGCCAUUUUCCUUGCUGGAUAUGAAAACAUUAUUGAAAAUACGCAUUUAGUAUUUAAUUCUUGUAACAGUUAGGAGCAAUUCAUUUGUAAAUUAAUACGUAAUCGCUUUACGCGCAUUUAUUGAACCAAAUUUUUACAAUCAUAAAAAUAUCGAGGAUUGUCAAACAUAGAGGAAUAAUUAUGUAGGUAAUAAUAAAUAAUGACUACAAUUUUGAUAGCUAAGCUAUGACGAUGGCGUGACCAGUAAGUACCUAUAAAUAUUUUCCACAACGUCAAUAACCAGGACUAUGCUUGUCUAGAGAAGUAGCACUCUCCUCUUACCGAUAUUUUGACUGGGUUGUAAAAGUAUGGUGACAUAACUUUAAAUUCCUCACAGUAUCUGAUAAUAAGUGUAAUAUCAAAAUAAAUAAUGUACAGAGUUUUAUAAAGAUCAACACUAGCCGAUAGUCAACAUUACAAUACAAUAAAUAGUUUAAAUUAAAACCUGAUCCUUUGCACACACUUGCCUUGUCGCGCGCGAGUCCAUACAUCAAGCGCGACUGUAUGGACUCGCGCGCGACAAGGCAAGUUGUGCUAGAGGAGCUGGUAUAAUACCAUCAAAAUAACAAUUUGCAGUUUUUCAUAUCGUCACUACUUUUAAAAAAUCUCGUAUCUCACGCUGUUCCACAAAGUUAAAACGCAGUAAGUCUAUAUGCAUUCCAUACACACUUACUACAAUUUUAUUUUCAUUGACAGACGAAGAUACAAGAAGAUGUAGUGACGAUAUCCUUUAUUAUACUAGAAACCACCAUUAAAUAAAAUUAAAAAAUAAUGUACCAAAGAUAACCAAAUGUCGGUGUCAAUGUUAUUGUUGUUAAAAGCGGCAAUAAUACCAGUGUAAAAUUAACUUUUAUACUGCAACAGAGUUUCAAAUAAAUAUUGUACUCAUGUAACUUGUAUUUACACAUAGGCUUUUCAAUGAGUAACAAUGUUUAUAGUUUAUUCACAAAAUCAGUAGGUACAUCUGUAUAAAAAAAAAAAUAAAAAAUAACUUAAAUACAGUUGAAUUAAAUGUUUCCUGUAUUUAUGUAUUUAUGUUAUGGACAUGAUUAAUGAGGAAAUUAUGUAACUUUUUGGAAUUCAAUAGUGGUUUCUAGUACUAUGCCUAUAUUCUGAUAAUGAAUUGUACUUGUAACAUGUGGAAUGAUAAAUUGACAAACACGAAUAAGUCGUUUUUAUUAUAUUUCUACUUAGUUAUAUGUAUCUGAAGAUCAAGGUUGGAUUGCAAAAAAGUUGUAAUAGGGUGAAUCAACUUUUUCUUGAUUUUUGCAAGAAUUGCCCAUACUUAUUAUUAGCUCUACUUUUGUGAGUUUUAACCUGGCCAUACCAGCAGCAUCCUUAUUCUUAUUUUACAUUAAGGGAAUAAUAAAAAAA